GUUUAAGUAAUUUGCUUAUUUCAGGCUCAUUUGCUUCUUUUUUGAUUUUAGGUACAGUUUAUUUUUGUGGUUCUAGUUUCAAUAAAAUGGCGAGUAAAAACAAGUCUGCAUUUAGUGUUUACAAAAUACAUAAAAAGUGCGGUAAAAAUGGAAAUCUUGACAAUGUGGUUGUUGGAGAUACAUGUGCUGUAAAACAAGCAAAUGGUCAAAAUAGCCGUAUUUCUAGAGCGUCCAAAAUCCGGCAUAGCAUAGGCAAAAGCAUAAACAAGUCUAAAAAGAGGAAAUUGGACGAAAGUAAAGGUUGCGAAACUAUUUCUGAUGUAAAACAGAAAAAGAUAAAACGGUCUACUGAUAGCAGUUCUACUGUUGAAAGUUUAUCUAGUGUAACUGAAUUACCAAAUAAAACUUUUAAAUGGCUUAUUGAUCCUAUUACUUCUGAUAAAUUCUUCAGUGGUCUUUGGGAAAAGAAACCUUUGCUACUCAAAAGACAUAAUGACAAUUAUUAUGAUGGAAUAUUUAGUGUUGGUGAUUUGGACCAAAUUUUAAGACAGAAUAAUAUACAGUUUUCUGUUAACCUUGAUGUGACAUCAUACAAGAAUGGUGAACGAGAAACUCAUAACCCCAGCGGUAGAGCACUGCCUCCUAUAGUGUGGGAUUUUUAUCAGAAUGGUUGUUCAGUUCGUUUGCUUAAUCCUCAAACAUAUUCAGAAAAAAUUUGGAAGUUAAAUGUGACAUUGCAAGAAUACUUUGGUUCAUUUGUGGGAGCAAAUGUAUAUCUAACACCACCUGAUAGUCAAGGCUUUGCUCCUCAUUAUGAUGAUAUUGAAGCCUUUGUAUUGCAACUGGAAGGCAAGAAACAUUGGAGGCUUUACAAUCCUUUAAGUGACAGAGAAAUACUACCACAAUUUUCCAGUGACAAUUUAAACAGUGAGGAUAUUGGUGACCCUAUUCUUGAUGUUAUCUUGGAACCAGGAGACCUGCUAUAUUUUCCUCGAGGUACAAUACACCAGGCAGAUACUUUAGGAGGGCCAUAUUCUCUACAUAUCACAUUGUCAACAUACCAAAGAACAUGCUGGGGUGAUUUUAUGGAAAAGUUGUUGCCAAAGGCUUUGGAGAUUGCCAUUCAGGAAGAUAUUGAAUUUCGAUGUGGGCUUCCAUUAAAUUAUCUUGAUUCAAUGGGAUUUACUAACUCUGAAAGUUCUAGUAAAGAGAGAACAGAAUUUAUUCAUCAUGUGGAGCAAUUGCUCAAGAAAUUAGUCUCCUAUUUGCCAAUUGACAGUGCUGUUGAUCAGAUGGGAAUCAAUCAUAUUCAUGAUAGUUUACCUCCAAUGCUCUCUAAAGAUGAGAAAGACUGUAGUAUUUUCAAUGUUGGAGCUCGAUGGCAAACUGAUCAUGUCACUGGUGUUGCUGAAUUGGAUGAAAAUACUAAAAUUCGACUUGUUCGUAAAGGUGCUAUAAGGCUUGUUGAAGAUGAUGAAGGAGUUUCUUUGUAUUACAGUUUGGAAAACUCAAGAGUAUAUCAUGAACUAGAUCCACAAUAUACAGAGUUUACUUCCGAAGGAUCACCUGUAAUUGAAGAAAUAAUUAAGAAAUUUCCAGAGUAUACUUCAUGUAAAGAAUUGCCUGGAGAUGACAUGGAAUUUAAGAUUGAUUUACUGACAAUGUUGUAUGAAAAAGGAAUUCUAAUCACAAAAGAACCCUUAAUACCAUCAGAGAAUUGUGUAAAUGAAACAUAAUAAGUGAAACAUGCAUCAUUGUCAGGCUUGCAACAAACCAUGGAGAAACUAAAUCUCGCUGAAUUUUGGUAAAUGAUUCACAAAUACAUCAAUUCAUACCAGACCCACAUGGAGCAAGAGUGAAUUGCAUCAUAAGAAAGAAUCUUUAUACUGUUAGUGGAUCGAAGGCAGGAAUACUGAUCCAAACUUCAUAUUAAUAUCACUUUCAAAUAAUAAUAUCCAAUAGAAUUUGUCUUUGUCAUAUCAACUGCCUUUUUGUUCACUUGUU